UUGCAUUUCGGCCCUCCCUCUGUGGCCUAUGCUUCCUGAACAGCACCCAAGACCAAUGUUAGGUGCAACCUAGGGUUUGGAUUAGCUCAUUUAGUGGCUUCCAUCCAUUUUUUUUUUUUUUUUACCGCUUUGGUCUAUUCACAAGCUGUUCUGGAAGGUCUGGGCCCAAAGAAGGCUUUUUUUUUUUCUUCCAUUAAUUAAUUGGAUCACUUGAAAUGACCGGCUUUAUCGCCUGAGGCUUUACAAGAGGUCCGGUCCUUGGCAGGAACACCACUAUCUUAUUGGGACACUUAUAGAAGAGACAGUCUUUACUUUCCAUUGGAAAACUACUUCUGAUUAAACCUCUUAAGAUUGGGAUUUCACCAUACAACUUCAGAGAUGGAAGCACGGACCUCUACGACCACCACCACUGUCCUUGAGAGCAAAGGAGGUGAAACGAGUUCUCCAGCCACACGAGUGUCCAAACGCACAAUGACGGAUGAUCUGUACAGCACCUUCAGCUCCCCCGUGGCCUGGAUACUGGUCCUGGCCCUCAUCAUCACCUGGUCUGCAGUCGCCAUUAUUGUUUUUGACCUUGUAGACACGAAGAGCCUGGAAGGAGGUAUUCAGCACAUGAGCAGAGAACCUGUGAAGGCAGUGCACGAAGUCAUGGACGAAUCCAGCAACUGGAUGAACACAGUCUUGACCUUUGUGACUAAUUUGGUAACGCCGGAGGAGGAGGAGGAAGAAGGCGAAUGGCAAGCAGUGAAGAAAAAAGGAGAAUUCCUACCAGCAAGAAAAAAAGUGGUAGAGCUGCAGGCAAAAGAAAUCAUUCAGAAGGAGGAUGAUGAGAAGAGGCUGAAGGAAGAGGAGGAUGAAAAGGGGGAGGACGAGGAAGAGGAGAAAACUUCUGCAGUGGAUGAGAAGGAGGAGAAAACAGAAGAGGAUGAAGAGGACGAGGAAGCAAGGCCUCCCAAAAAGUCUGAGGUAGAGACAAAAGAAAAGAAGAAGAAAAAAGAUGUAGGUGAGGAAGAAAAGUUAAAGCCUGAAGCAGGUGCGGAAUUAAAGGAAAAAAAAGGAAAGAAGAAAGAAGUAAAGGAAAAGGAAGAAAAGGAGAAAGAAGAGAAGGAAAAGGAAGAAAAGGAGAUAGAAGAGAAGGAAAAGAAAGGAAAGGAGAAAAAAGAGAAGGAAAAGAAAGGAAAGGAAAAAGAAGAGAAGGAAAAGGAAGAAAAGGAGAUAGAAGAGAAGGAAAAGAAAGGAAAGGAGAAAAAAGAGAAGGAAAAGAAAGGAAAGGAAAAAGAAGAGAAGGAAAAGGAAGAAAAGGAGAUAGAAGAGAAGGAAAAGGAAGAAAAGGAGAUAGAAGAGAAGGAAAAGAAAGGAAAGGAGAAAAAAGAGAAGGAAAAGAAAGGAAAGGAAAAAGAAGAGAGGGAAAAGAAAGAAAAGCAGAUAGAAGAGAAGGAAAAGAAAGGAAAGGAGAAAGAGGAGAAGGAAAAGAAAGUAAUAGAGGUAAAGGAGGAGAAGGAGGUGGAAGUUAGGGAGGAGGAAAAGCCUGAAGUAGUUGCGGUGAAGAAGAAAAAGAAAGAGUUAACAGAUAAAACAAAAGAAGAAAAAACAGCUGCAUUAAAGGAAGCUGUUGAGGAACAGAAAGCUGCAGCAGACCAAACAGAUGCAGAAACAGAAAAAGAUGCUGAAAAAAAGAAUGAAGAUGCUGAGAAGAUCUCUGAACUGACAGAAAAGGAAAAAGAAACAACAGAACCAGAAGGAGCAGAACCUGCUGAUAAAGAUGAAGAAGAUAAAGAGGCAGAAGAGGAAGUCACUACUGACGAUACCACUCCGGCAGCUUCUGCUUCCCCUGAAGGACAUCCAGAGGUUCGUGAUGAAGAAGAAGAGCCACUUAAAGUUCCAAUAGCUGAAAAAAAACAUGAUGAAGAGAUAAAACCUGCUAAAGUCACUGCUGAUAAAAAGGAUGAGAAGGAUGAGGAAGAUCUUAGAGACACAGCUAAAGUGGACACUGAAAAGGAGGAUGAAGAUGACCAAAAAGCCAAAGAUGACCAAAUUGAAGACAAGGUGGAAGAGGCUGAGCAGGAAACCAGAGAUGAUACGAUAAUCACUGCUACUGCGAUACGAGAAACUGACACCGGAGAACUAGAGAAAGAAGAAAAGGAGGCAGUGAAGGAGGCUAAGGUGGAAAUAAAGGAGGAAGUAAAAGCUGAAGUUGAGGAAACAACAAAAGUAGUCAUUGGAGAUGGGCCCAAAAUAGAGGCAAGAGAGGAAAAGGAGGAAGAAACCAAAAAACUGACAAAGACAGAAGAGGAGAAAGAAGAUGAACAAAAGGAAUCUGCCACCUGUGUGUGUCUGCAGCCAGAACAACCUGUACUGCCUCCCAUACUGGAUGUUGAGCCCGAGGAGGAAAAAGAGGAAGAGAAAAAGGAGCCACAGCAAAAACUUGAGCAAGCUGUGCGGCAGAUGGUGGAUUCUGAGUUGCCGCAUAAAAAAGAAAGUGUUGAUGUAGUGGCCCCACUUCAAGAUCUCCCAGCAUGCCGCCCAACGCCGGUGUACUGCCCAGCUCCACCCGGCUGGUACGUGCAUCACAUAGUCUCAGAUAGUCCAUUACCACCGACGCCUGUGCGAGAGACACAAUUUGCUACAAUAUCAACUCAUGCAGUCACGCUUCAAAGGGAAGAUGCUGACAAAGAGAAACUGAAACAAGCCACAAAAAGGAAAGUGCCUCCUGUUAAGAAACGCAAAGUAACACCUACAAGGAAAGACACUGUCUCAAAAUUAUUGAAAGUAAAGGCACCUGAGGAAAAAGUAAAACCUCAGAAAAGAAAAGCUCAAGUGACUCCCAAAGAGAAGCUCAGACUGAUCCCCCACAGGCGAGAAGUAACAAGGCUGACCAAACCCAUGAGAUCAUCUGGACCUGUAAAACGGAAGACUAUAGUCAUGGAGAAAGGAAAAGAAAAGAUGAAAGGCAUCAAAGACACGAAGCCUACAGUUGUGGAUAAAACCAAAAGCAAGCCAACAAAAGCAAAACGAGCUGCACUUCCAGCAAAAGUGGCCAGCACCAUGUCUGUAAAAGGUAAAAAAGAGGGACAAGCUGCUAAACCACGUCCUGAGGAGAAGAAACCUUCACUCAAACCUGCUCCAGAAGAUAUAAAAGUUACCAGUAAACCUGCUCCAGAAGAGAAAGGAGCUGAAACAGAAGAAAAAACAGCUGGUCCUCCUGAACCAACAAAAGAAUCCAAAAUUGAAGAAAAUGUUACAGAAGAAAAGAAGCCAGGCAAGAUCCCAUAUUUCCAGUGUGUCCUAGUGGGUGGAAAAGCCAGCCAGUAUCCACUACGUCCGUUAUCUCCUGCUAUGACUCCUGCUAUUAACCCGGCCAUGAUGAGAGCCAUGAUGGAGCAGAGAGCCAACGUGCUCGAGCAGAAAGCUCAGCCAGCAGGACAGUAACCUACGUAAGAAAACCAGAAUUUUGCAAGACGAAAUUCUAAUGUGCUGCUGAUGCUUUCACUGCUGCUAGUCUCUUUACCAUAUAUAGCUAUAGUAAUGCUAAUCAAGAAGAAACACCGAUGAAUAAAUUAUUCUCGUCUUAUGGGUUUUUGAAGCCAAUAAACUAUUCUAUAUUUAUAAAUGGUUGUAACAGUUAAUCCAUGGACGCUGGUAAAGAGAUAAUUAAUGAUAAAGCAGGAGCAGUGUUUACAUGACAGUACAGUAUUCGACAACACACGUGCAUUCAGAAUUACAUGACAUGCCAUAUACAUAUCACACAGUAAUAUGUCUCAUUAACAUUCAGGGCAGAGUUUCCAGGAAGCAUUACAACUACAUGGUAGAGUGUGCCUCACAACCACCUCUCAUUUAAGCUACCUGUUACAAUGAUCUUAAAUUUAUAAUGCUUUUGGGAAACUGGCUAUAGAUCUGUUUACAUUUUGAAGAAACCUCGUUUUUCAUAGUCAACAUAAGACUUGAACAUGUCUGACUCGACUAAAUGCUAUAUAAAUAUUUAUUAACUUAUGUACUAAGGCAUUUUCUUCCAGUAAUGUAUUUACAGCAAGGCAUAGUAAAUUUGUCAAGUAUACUAUAGAGAUUAUAUCUCUUGCCACAGGCCAUUUCCUUUAUGUCACUGUAAUAUGAUAAUCAGGUCAAGAGUUCCUGUAACAGCUAUUAUAUUACUGUAGAUAAUAUUUAUGAAAAUAAAUAUACCCAAGAUAAAAUAUUAAUCAAAAUCAAAUUAGAUACACCAUAGUUGGUUUUAGCUCAGUACAAAU